AUGAAUCGGGUAAUUUUUGUGUUUCUGGCGACAUCAGCGGCAGCUUUUGCAUCGAAUUCCCUCUGCGAGCAAUAUGUGGAAUGCAUGGCGGCCGUCCGAAACAAGCAACAACAGUGCGCCACGUUGGAGGAUACCGCUUUCCAAAAUACCAAAUUGAACGAAUGCGAGGCGGCCCGCGACGAGCACAACAAAAUGAACCAGCUAUUGGCUGAGAAAGCCGCCGCCGAAGACAAAUGCGUUUCGGAAAAAGCCGCUUCAGCCACCGAACUCACCGGGAAACGAAAAGAGAAAUGUGAUAAGGUCUCAACCGCCUUUGAGACUGGUACCGCUACGCCACCGGCGGCCACCACUGAAUCGGAGAAAGUGCGACGUGCGCUUAGCAAAGGACUCAAAAACAAAGCCGCUAAACUGCAGCAUCGAGCCUGCUUGAGAGACUCGCGACAACAGCGCUCGAAAUGCGUCGCCUUGGCCAAAUGCUGUCAACCGGUGAAACAAUGCCAAAAUGAUACGACUUUCAAGAGCAAGAUUGUCGCCUUGAGAAAGACGACCAAGGAGAAGACCAAGGCUUGCAGACAGGCCACACAGAAAAGAGCCCAGGCCACGCGUGUGAAAAAGGCGAAAAAGGCGAACAAGGGAAAGAAGAACAAGCAGAACAAGAACGAAACGAGCACCGUCGCCGCGAAAACAGCC